AUGGUUGCUUUGCCAGCCUCGGCCUCCUUCGAGUGCGCCGUCUGCCUGGAGGUGCUGCACCGCCCCGUGCGGACGCCAUGGGGACACGUAUUCUGUCAUUCCUGUAUUUCUGCAAGUUUAAAGAAUAAUGCGUGGACAUGCCCUUACUGCCGUGCUUAUCUUCCUUCUGAAGGAAUUCCAGCCACUGAUAUUGCUAAGAAGAUGGAGAGCACAUACCGAAACUGCACAGAAUGUGAAAUGCAGGUAUGUCUGAGUGAAAUGAGGGCUCUAAAAACCUGUGAAAAAUAUAUAGAAAAAUAUGGACCUGUACAGGAGUUUGGAGAUGCUGUAACAAGAUAGACCUCAGUAUAUUCCUGUCCUUAUUGCCAGUGCGAAGUAGAUGAGGAUGAGCUAAUGGACCACUGUCUCGCUUACCACAGAUCGGAAAGGAGAGCAGUGUGGUGUUCAAUUAGUUGUUUAACACCUGGGAGAGAUCCAAGCUAUUUCAGCAGAAAUUUUAUAAGGCAUCUUCAACUCAGACAUACACUCAAUUGUGAAGACUAG